AUCACGUCUCGCUCUCUCAAGAUUCCCGAAAAAUCGAGAUCAGGUGAAAGCAUCAGGGGUUCCUUUGGCUGUCCAUUGGCCAAUGUCGCUGCGCACACAUGCCAAACUUGUGACUGUUCAGAACCACCAGGCGGAUGAUUCUCAAGUCUGGCUGGCAGACCAUACCCUCCCAACCCACCAUCGAUCAGACCCUGGUAUUUGUCCAAAAAAUGAAUCCAACGCUCAAACGCCCUGCCUCUCCUCAUCCGCGUGAUCAAGGGAAGCGACCCAAGACGACAAAAUCCUCGGAUCAAGCAGAUCAAGAAGACUGUGCUGGUCUGGAGCGAGUCUGUGCGAAAGCGGUUCGCAGAUGUGGAGGUGUGGACACCUUCUUCACCAUUGGAUCGCGCUACUUCAAUGGCAGAGGAACUCCCCGAGAUUUCGCAAAGGCGGUCGAGUGGUUCACACUGGCCGCGCAACAGGGACAUGCGAUGGCUCAGUGCUGUCUCGCCGAUUGUUACUUUGAAGGAAAGGGGGUAUCCAAGGACCUCAGCGAGGCAGCCAAAUGGUACCAGAAGGCUGCAGAACAAGGAAACCCGCGAGCCCGGUUCAAGCUUGCUCGCUGCCACAGCGAAGGAACUGGAGUGACCCAAGAUCACGUCAAAGCAUUCCAUCUCUUCAACAUGGCCGCCGCCAAAGGGGAUGCCUUGGCUCAGGAUCGCAUCGGGCUUUGCUACGAAAAAGGUCUUGGUGUCGAUCAGGAUCCGAUCAAGGCAUUCCAGUGGUUCACCAUGGCUGGCAACCAGGGCCUGUGCGAUACACAGGCCAGACUUGGCGUCUAUCACCAUUUUGGGUUCGGAACCCCCGUCGAUCCUGGCAAGGCUGUGGAGUGGUACACCAAAGCCGCCCUCCAGGGCCACAUCCAUGCCCAAAACAACCUCGGAUGCUGCUUUUUCCAUGGAUUCGGGGUUCAGCAAAACCACAGUUUGGCCCUACAUUGGCUUACCAUCGCAGCCGAGCACGAGAACGGGGUUGCCCGAAUCAAUCUUGGAAUGUACCCACACCUCGCGAGCCCUGUUGACGCAUCCAAGCCUCCUGUGUGAAUGACUGAUCAGGCU